UUAAACGUCAAUGUCUUUCAUUCAAAAUACCAAAAGUCAAGAAAAGGAGUCGUAUCGUAAUUUAAUUUAUUUACAUUGGUUUUGUAUUUAGUAUUAGUAUUACAUACAUUAGUUUUGGUUGAAUUUUGUGAAUAAAUAAAGCAUGUCGCUCCUUGAGGAUGUAUUUCUUGAAGACGAAGCCGGUGAGGCUGAAGAGUUGGAGCGUGUUAUUGAAGGCGAUGAGUUUGACGAAAGACCAGCUCCACAAUCCGGUGAAGAUAGUAAUGAUAACAGCGAAAAAGAAGAUGAAGCAGAGGAAGACAAAAGGCGUGUCGAUCCAAGUAAAGCUCAAACGAAAAGAGUCUCAAAAAAUCCAAGAGUAAUUUUGAAUCCAGCACGACUAACUGGUCCCAGAGGAAUACAGGUUAUUCCAGACCAUUUCAAGGAUUUUAAAUUCAAAGGAAAGGGUCACGAGAAAGAAGAUUUGGACCUUGUCCUGAAGAAGUUGGAGCACUGGGCCUACAGGUUGUAUCCCAAGUUCCAAUUCGAAGAUUGCUUGAAGAAAAUUGAGACUUUAGGCAAAAAGCGGCCAGUAAUGGUACACCUCCACAAAAUAAGGUCAGACCAGUACAUAUCAGACGAGGUGGUGGUGCAGAGGGACUCCAGUGACGAGGCUGAGCCGGCCGAGGAAGACGAAUUUGAUAAGCUACUGCAGCAGCAGAUUGAACUGGCCCGGGCAACUCCGGCCAGCUCUAAGAAAGGGUUUCCUACUCCUAGGGUUGAUACACCGUCGUUUUCAAUGCCCAAAGCCACAUCAUCACCUUCUAUCAGCGACGAACAGAAAGAGAGAAUGAUUAGAAACAGAAGAUUGGCUGAAGAGAGACGUUUGGCUAGACUGAGAAACGCUGAACAUAACAUAUCUGUUAUAAACGAAGUACCCAUUGAAGUAGAAGACAAUCAAAACAAAUUUAAUGUUGAGCAUAAUGAAAAUAUUGUAAAUGAUGUGCCAAUUGUAGUUGAAAAUCAUCAAAAUGGAUUUAAUGUGAACCAUAGUAAAAACCACACUGUAAAUGAUGAGCCUAUAGAUGUAGAAAAUCAAAUUCAUUCUAGAAAAAAGUAUAAUAGGUCAAAUACUAUAGACAGUUCAGAUAAUGACUGUGACGAACUGGUAGUGAAUGAGGCUAUAACUGUUGAUGUACAUGAUACUAGACCUGAUAUUGAUGUAAAUAAAGAUCAAUUAAACAGACCAGUUGACAGAAAACGUAAUAGAUCUAAAAUUGACAGUUCAGAUGAAGAGAUAGUUAAAAUUGAUGACGAAAAUCAUGUAACAGAAGUUAAUGGACCAAUAAAAAAACACAAUCUUAUCAUAGAUUCUGAUGAUGCAGUAUCAAACAAUAUCGAAGAUAGACCUGAUAUUGUAAAUGAUAAGAGUCAAAGUGACUUAGUGACGGAUAUUGAAGAAAAUGCUGAAGUUUCAAAAAAUGCUACAGAUAAUCAAGUUACACAAAAUGAGACUGACAAAGAGGUAACAAAUGAAAUACCGAAUGAAUUUGAACUCAAUACUGAUGAAGAAUUAUCGAGUGAAUCUAUAAAUCGUGAAAAUGAUUUGGUUUCAGCUGAUCAUAGUGAAACUAAUGAAGGUGUUAGUUCAAAAGCUAAUACUGACAGCAAAAAAUGUGCUGAAAAUUACAUUACAACCGAAGAAUUAAAGAGUCUAAACAGUGCUGAAAUUGAAAUGUUACCUUCAAACAAUAAGGAAAAUAUUGAUGAUAACAAUGUGGAUUUAGAACUAAUGGAUGUGGAUUUCAACGAGGACUUUUAG